UAUUUAAUAAAUUUAAAAUUACUGAAUUUUGAAUUUUGUAUCACACACUCUCAUCAUUGGAUUUCCAUGGAAGGAGAACCAGAAGCUCCCCACGUUCUUAUCUUUCCCUUACCUUUUCAAGGUCACAUCAACUCCAUGCUCAAGCUCGCCCAGCUUCUCUCACUCGCCGGCAUCACCGUCACUUUCCUCAACACGCCUCACUCCCACCGCCAACUCACUCACCACUCCGAUGUCCUCCUCCGCUUCUCCCGCUUUCCCGCCUUCCGCUUCCGAACCAUCACCGACGGCCUUCCCCCGGACCACCCUCGGUCCUACGACUUCUUCGCCGACAUCGUCGCCUCCUUCGAAACCGUCACCAAGCCCAUUCUCAGAGACUUUCUCGUUUCCGGCCAUUUUGGGUCCGAUCUCACUUGCGCCGUACUCGAUGGGUUCUUUAAGUUUCUUGUUGAUGCGGAGGAUGCUGAAAUUAAGAUACCUGUUUUUGGUUUCCGUACUGUCAGUGCUUGUUCUAUCUGGACUUAUCUCUCUGUUCCUCGUCUCAUUCAAGAUGGCCAGCUUCCUAUUCGAGGAGAGGAAGACAUGGAGAGAAUGAUAAGAAACGUACCAGGAAUGGAAAAUCUUCUCAGAUGCAGAGACCUCCCAGGUUUCUGUCGGGUCACAGACAUGAACGACUAUCUUCUCCAAUUCAUUGUCGAACAAACCCAACGAAGCCACGAGUUUCACUCCCUCAUAUUGAACUCAUUCCAAGAUUUGGAAGGACCCAUUCUCGAAAAGAUUCGAACUUUGUGCCCCAAUCUCUACGCCAUCGGACCCCUUCACGCCCUUCUCAAAGCUAAAUUCCCCAGCGAAACAGAGUCUUUGAACAAUCUGUGGGAGGUCGACCGGAGCUGUUUGAAAUGGCUGGACAAUCAGCCGCCGGGAUCCGUCAUUUACGUCAGUUUUGGAAGCAUUACGGUAAUGGGGAAGGAGAAGCUCGUGGAGUUUUGGCAUGGGUUGGUGGAUAGUGGGAGGAAUUUUUUGUGGGUUAUAAGGCCAGACCUCGUGAGGGGCGAAAAUGGGGAUGUUGAAAUUCCGGCGGAGUUGGAGGAGGGGACGAGAAAGAGAGGGUGCAUGGUGGGUUGGGCGCCGCAAGAGGAAGUGCUAUCCCACGAGGCAGUUGGAGGGUUUUUGACGCACAGUGGUUGGAACUCGACUUUAGAGAGCGUGGUAGCUGGGAAGCCAAUGCUCUGUUGGUCGUAUAUUGCGGAUCAGCAGGUGAACAGUAGAUUUGUGAGCAAUAUGUGGAAAUUGGGGUUGGAUAUGAAGGAUGUGUGCGAUAGAGGAACCGUGGCGAAAAUGGUGAACGAGCUUAUGGUGGAUAGAAAAGAGGAAUUCAUGAGAUCAGCGGCGGAAAUGGCUAAUUUGGCGAAACGAAGUGUGAGCCCUGGUGGAUCGUCCUGUGCUGAUUUUGACCGUCUCCUCCAAGACAUUAGAUUGCUGAGCCAAUAGACAACAGCAGAGAGCUGAUAUUAUUGAGGGUGAUUUGUAGCAUGCGUGUAAGAGUCACUUGUGCAUUUGUUUAACAAAGUACACUUGGUGCAUAAUUCAACAAGUCUCCUCCACCAAAAA